ACUCACUCAACAUGUUCGAAUGCGCGACCUAUUUCUUGUUCGUGUUCUUUUCCUACGGUUCUUGCAACGUGUUUGCUGAAAACGAUAUUCUUCAGGAUCCCCUAAUUUCAUCGUACGACAGACUUAAAAAACUUGGUGAAAUGUGUCUUAUCGACAUAUUACCAAUCCUUGAGAACAUUUCAGAGCAGCAAAAGGAAGGGUACACUGCCAAUUUCCGAAUUUUCAACGAAACGCAGGGAAUUCUAGACAGGAUAGAAGGACACCAAGAAGUCAAUGAUAAGCAAUUGAAAGCAUUAAAGGUUAAAAUGGAAGGCCAUUUCAUGGACCUGCAUGCGAAGAUGGAGAUAAAGGUCAAAAAAUUAUCUUUAGAGAAAUCCUUACGGAAGGCACUGAAUGCUCUCCAAUGUUCACUGGAUACCAGAAAUGUUUCGUCAAAGGUAUCACUCCAUCCAGAAUUUGAGAAAGUAGGUUCACGGUUCUUUUACAUCGAGAGGCACGUUAAGCAAAAUUGGUUUGAUGCAAUGACAAAAUGUCGCGAGAUGGGCGGUCACUUGGCGUCGCCACAAAACGAGGAGGAAUUGCACCUUAUCAGUCAAAAACUUGAUACCGAGUCGUAUUGGCUCGAUUUAUCCGAUCUAACCGAUCACGGCCAAUACAUUUCGUUGGUUUCCGGGAGCAAAGCUCCAUUUUUGAAAUGGAACAAAGGCCAGCCAAACAGGGAAAAUGCGCAAUGCGUUCGUGUAAAAGGCGGACUAUAUCAGACUUUUCAAUGUGACCACCGAGUUUUGUUCAUUUGCCAAGCCAACCAGAAUCGAAAAAAAGAAGAUGAAAUAAACAAGAAUCAAGGGAAACCACGAAUAAUGGAAAAGGAAAGAAGUAAAGAAGAGGAAAAAAGAAAAGAAGAGGAAAGAAGAAGAGAAGAGGAAAGAAAAAGAGAAGAGGAAAGAAAAAGAGAAGAGGAAAGAAAAAGAGAAGAGGAAAGAAAAAGAGAAGAGGAAAGAAAAAGAGAAGAGGAAAGAAGAAAGGAAGAGGAAAGAAAAAAAGAAGAGGAAAGAGAAAGAGAAGAGGAAAGAAAGAGAGAACAUAAUAGGAAAAAAGAAGAGGAAAGAAAAAGAGAAGAGAAAAGAAGAAAAGAAGAGGAAAAACGAAAGGAAGAGGAAAGAAGAAAGGAAGAGGAAAGGAAAGAAGAGGAAAGAAGAAAGGAAGAGGAAAGGAAAGAGGAGGAAAGAAGAAAGGAAGAGGAAAGAAGAAAAGAGAAAAGAAGAAGAGAUGAGAAGAGAAGAAGAGAAGAGGAAAAGAGAAAGGAAGAGGAAAGGAAAGAAGAAGAAAGAAGAGAGGAAGCGGAAAGGAAAGAAGAGGAAAGGAAAGCAGAGGAAAGAAGAAAGAAAGAGGAAAGAAGAAGAGAAGAGAAAAGAAGAAGGGAAGAGAAAAGAAGAAGGGAAGAAGAGGAAAGAAGGAAAGAAGAGGAAAGAAGAGAAGAGGAGGAAAAAAGAAAAGAAGAGGAAAGAAGGAAAGAUGAGGAAAGAAGAAGAGAAGAGGAAAAAAGAAAGGAAGAAGAAAGAAGAGAAAAGGAAAGAAGAAGAGAAGAGGGAAAAAGAAAGGAAGAAGAAAGAAGAGAAAAGGAAAGAAGAAGAGAAGAGGAAAAAAGAAAGGAAGAAGAAAGAAGAGAAAAGGAAAGAAGAGACGAGGAACGAAGAAGAGAAGAGGAAAGAAGAAGAGAAGAGGAAAGAAGAAGAGAAGAGGAAAGAAGAAGAGAAGAGGAAAGAAGAAGAGAGGAGGAAAGAAGAAGAGAAGAGGAAAGAAAAAGAGAAGAGGAAAGAAGAAGAGAAGAGGAAAGAAGAAGAGAAGAGGAAAGAAGAAGAGAAGAGGAAAGAAGAAGAGAAGAGGAAAAAAGAAAGGAAGAGGAACGAAGAAAAGAAGAGGAGAGAAAAAGAGAAGAGGAAAAAAGAAAAGAAGAGGAGAGAAAAAGAGAAGAGGAAAGAAGAAGAGAAGAGGAAAAAAGAAAGGAAGAGGAACGAAGAAAAGAAGAGGAGAGAAAAAGAGAAGAGGAAAAAAGAAAAGAAGAGAAGAGAAAAAGAGAAGAGGAAAAAAGAAAAAAAGAGGAGAGAAAAAGAGAAGAGGAAAAAAGAAAAGAAGAUGAGAGAAAAAGAGAAGAGGAAAAAAGAAAAGAAGAGGAAAAAAGAAAGGAGGAGGAAAGAAAAGAAGAGGAAAGAAAGAAGAAAGAGACAGAGGAAAAGGAAAAGAAUAUGCAGGAAAAGUGUUGGGUUACUAAAAAAGGCACAAAUAAAUGUAAAACAUGUUCGACAAACGAGAAGGGUAAAAAAAAGUGUGAAGUAUGUUGGAUACGUAAAGACGGGGAGAAAAAAUGUAAAAAAUCUAAGAAAAAGAAAAAACCAAGCUAUGACGAUAAUACUUCUUACAAUUACAAAAGUUAUGGAACAGAACUUAAAUGGAGUUUGGGUUGGUAUUAUUUGUAUUGGUGGUAUGAAUAAGGAUAUCCUAUAACAAGUUUAUUAUUAUUUAUAUAUAAACGGCCAAAGUAGAAUAUG